AUGAGAGCAGCUUUCUGUGCGUUGCGGGAGGGAACUGUCUGCGUUUUCUCGGACAUAAUUCAAGAGAAACAACAGCAGCAACAGCAGCAGCAGCAUCAGCAGCAGCAGCAAGAGCAGCUGCAGCAACAACUGCAGCAAAACCACCUCGUGUCAGCAGGGGCACAAGCAGCAGCAGCAGCAGCAGCAGCAGCAGCAGCGGCAGCUGCUGCAGCUGGUAGUACUGCUGCUGCUGCAGAAGCUGGUGCGCGGGGCUUCAAGAGCAGCAGCAGCUCCCCACCGCAGCAGCAGCGCCGACAGCAUCGGCAGCAGGAGCACGACAGUAGCCACAGCCACAGCAGCAGCAGCAGCAGCAGCAGCAGCAGCAGCAGCAGCAGCAGCAGCAAGAUGGAGUCCCAUCCUCGGGGGGGCCCUGCAGCAGCAGCUGAGGGCUCUCGUGGCAGCAGCAGAGACCUAAACCCUCACCACAAUGAAGAGCUCUCGGACCUCACGGGCAGCGACCUCGAGGAAGACAUGACGUGGAUUGAGUGGUUUUGCGGCCUGAAGGGCAACGACAUGUUUGUCUUCGUCGACGAGGAAUUCGUCCGCGACGACUUCAACCUAACAGGGCUGAGCACGGAAGUGCCUUACUACGACAAGGCCUUGACUCUAAUAGUCGACGGAGACGUCUCCGACGAAAGCCCUUCUGACGCUGUCUCUUUUGCUUACAUUGAAAAAAGUGCUGCGCUGCUCUUCGGCCUCAUCCACGCCAGAUUCAUCCUCACCAACAAGGGGCUGGGUUUGCUGCAGCAAAAAGUGCUGUCGAAGACCUACGGAGUCUCUUGUCCAAAUUCUCUCUGCGGCUUUUCCCACUUGGUGCCCUGCGCCUUGACGGACAGUCCCAACCUCCACACCGUCAAGCUUUUCUGCGCGAGAUGCAAUGUCCGAACCCUUUUUUAG